UGUGUUUGACCUACUUAUAUGAGUUAGCCCGGGCUAUGCUGGACCCUUUUCACCUUCUCAUUCAACUGAAAAAAAUGUGUACUGGUUUCAUAUAAUCUGUAACUGACGGGACAGUAGGUGGUUUGGGGUAUAUGUAGUGACUCAGGUCGGCAGACCAGGGGCAGAGACGAGCCGAGAACUCGAAGCCAUCAUGUCCAGACGCAGCGGUCGUGCCACACUGCAGGUCCGGGAAUCCAACACCUCUGAACCAGUCACCAAAGGUCCACUGAGGAAGAGAAAAUCACAGGGAACUAAGAGGAGACCAGCCCUCUCCAAGAAGCAGAGCUACCAGAUACAGAAAUGUUGGUCUCAGGAGGGAGCGACUCCAUGUGUUUUGAUAGAGACCCCCCACAAAGAGCUGGAGCCCACGGACCCAUCCUCCUUCACACACCAGUACACCUUCAAAAACCUGUUUAUCAAACCAGCACCCAUUCCACAGCUCAGUUGGGCCAGCUCAGACGACCUGUGGAUCAAGAUGCUGAACAAGGAGUUGAAGUACGUCCACGACCAGAGUUACCUGAAGCAGCACCCAAAACUGCAGCCCAACAUGCGAGCCAUUUUGCUGGACUGGCUGCUGGAGGUCAGCGAGGUCUACUGUCUCCACCGGCAGACAGCCUACCUGGCCCAGGACUUCUUUGACCGCUUCAUGAUGACUCAGCAUGAUGUGAGCAAAGACCUGCUACAGCUCAUCGGCAUCACCGCGCUCUUCAUUGCUGCCAAGAUCGAGGAAAUCUACCCGCCAAAGAUCUUCGAGUUCUCCUACGUGACAGAUGGGGCGUGUGACGUCUGGGACAUCCAGCAGAUGGAGCUCCAUAUUAUGAAGGCAUUAAACUGGAACUUAAGUCCUGAGACCCCCAUUUCCUGGUUGAAACUCUACAGUCAGCUUGAGGUCCAGAACAAUGGGGAGAACGUUCUGGAACCACAGUUCUGUCAGGAGACCUACAUUCAGAUGACACAGUUGCUGGACGUGUGUAUGAUGGAUGUCUCCUCGCUGGACUUCAGCUACAGUGUCCUGGCCGCAGCCGCCUUUGGUCACUUCUCAUCCUUCGAUGUGGUUCACAAAGUCUCAGGGCUCACGUGGGACGUCGUCGCCCCCUGUCUACACUGGAUGACCCCGUUCAUGCUAACGCUGCGAUCUGAGCCAAAACCUCCACUGAAGAGUUUCGCCAAAGUCCGGGCCGACGACCGCCACAACAUCCAGACUCACGUGGGUUACCUGGACCUGCUGAGAAAAGCACAGGAGCGAGCGAUGGACAGUCCAUGCAAGCAGAUGUCGCCCCUCGCUAUGACCCCUCCCAGCAGCACAGAGAAGCCAGCCAGCCACUGAGUGUGCUGCUUCUCCUGGAGUUUCAGUUGGAUGUUCUGUUGUACUGGUGUUGACACAAAGCCCUGCCUCAGGCUGCGAGCCACCACAUGACUUGGCAGGCGACGUCUGCCUGGUGCUACUCCAGGCCCCUGGGUGGCGCUAUGGACCAAGUGAAGUUCGUCUGUUAAAAUUUUUGCGCAAGUUUGACUGUGCCACCGACGAAUGAACAGAUGAGUGAUUCUACGUCGCUACCUCCUGCCAAACUUGACUUAUUUAUUAAUGACAGAUAUUUAUGAUCCACGAGCGCGUGAACACAAUUGCAUCUUUUGAUGUUAAA